UCCUGAUGCAGUCCUCACAAGAGACAGAUCAUCCGGCAACUGAUGCUGUCAUCCAUAAUUUUUAUUCUAUCAACUGAUCUCUGUUAUAACACGAAAUUGGCAAAUGGCUCUCAAUAUCGCAAAGUCCCCUUUGAUUGGUCCUGUUCUCGCCCUCAAUGGCUGGACAUUCGUCAUGGAACUUUGGCUGUACAGAAAGCGCAUUCCAGCUAUCAAUCGAGCCGCGGAACAAGGAAAGUUGAAGAUAGAUGCCAGCAUGACCAAAGCUGACUUGGAUAAAGCUCUUCCUCCUCAUGUACGCUGGCCUGCAGACAAUUUCGCUCACUUGCAUGAGCAACCUACAUUGUUUUACGCCACUACACUAUCAUUGGUGUUGCUUGGGGCAGACAAUCCGCUCAAUAUCAGGCUUGCGUGGGGUUAUGUUGGACUUCGCGUGCUCCAUUCACUUGUUCAGGCCAGCGUCAAUAAGAUCAUGCUUCGUUUCUCUCUAUUCGUCGCAAGUAGUAUCGUACUUGCUGGAAUGACUGCAAGAGCCACGCAAGCUUUCCUCGCCUAACGGACAUUUUGGAAAAGCUUUCUGCGCAAGGCUUACCAAAAGAUUAGAAACAAUUUAUUGUGUAUAUAAGGCAUUGAUUCAAUGUAAAGAACGAAUCACUCGAGAGUUUCCGAGUAAGUCGAGCAUCACCUUUACGACAACAGUUCCUAGUUGAAAACUCGAUCCGACGAGAAGUAUAACAGCAAUAGAAUGCUAAGCUUAGGGCCUCCAAAGGAAAAUCAAUAUUAUUCUUUUGAUUCUCGAUUUGAUGAACCGUC